GUAAAAACGGCAUGUUUAUAUUUUGAAAAAUGUUGUUCUUCGACACCAGUAGAACGCGCUGAAGUCCAUUCCAAGUUGGAAAAAAGGAGGUAGGGAGUGCGUCAAAACGAUUGAACGGGCAAGAUAGGGAAGCUCCAGGCUUUAGCUAUUACAUACAGUGGGCUAUGCCAUAACUAGACUGAAGCUUAAAAGUGCAACAAGUAGCUACAGCCUACACCCCUUCAUGUUUUGACAUGCCGGUGUCUUUCAAUUUGUUUGUCAUCAAAAGUCAAUCUCCGUUAAGAAAGGUACAGGUUUCAGUUCUCUUUGUCAAUAACUACAACUUAAACCAACUGUGGAUCACCUUAAACGAGGAAUAAUUAUCUCAUCAUCUGAAAAGACAACAUUGUCUCCUAAGGAGUUAUCAUCAAGAUACGGAUAGCAUCUUGUACCCUUUUGUAGUUGAAAAAGAGUUUGCCUGUGCACCCUUUUGGUCAGCAAAACGAUUUUAUGUUUUGUUAAAUGGCAUCGAACAACGAGCAGGACGGUAGUCCAAGCAUUGUCGAGGAUGAGGACAUCUCCCAGUCCAACAGAAUUUCAUCGCCAACAGCCACCUUGUCGCUAGCAAGCAAUGUUCGGAAAAAAACAAAAAAAGUACCUGAUGCAACUCACGGUUUAAAAUUUGAAUCGAAAUUGUUGACGUCGUUUUGCAUACGAGCACUUGGAGUUGGUUGCAUAUUUCGAUUGACCAAAGAAAGAGAAGACCUGGGUGGUAAAUUUGACGAUGUGAUUUUUCAGUAUCAAGUGCUAGAUGAUACAUCUGAAGGUAAACAUUGGCGCUAUCGCUGCUUGCAAGCCAAACACAAGCAGAACGAAUCGGACAAGAUUAAUGCGACUCACCUCCUCGAAGACAACGACAAGAGUGCUUUCAGCUUACCAAAAUAUUUCCGUUCCUUCUGCAAGAUGAGAAGAAGAGGCGAAGACAUUCACGACUGCAUCAUUUGCACAAACAUUGGCUUCGAUUUGGAAGACGCCAAGAAGAAUGGCAUCGAUUUGGUGUCGAUUAACGAUCAACCUGAAGACAUUCUAGAAUUUGGUCCACAAGAGAAGACAGUUCGUUACAAACUAAACUUCGCAAAAGAUUUACGAGUCAAAGUAUUGAACGAAUGGCCAGAUAUUCAACGUCUUGCCAUUAACUUGCAAAUCUGCGCACGGGAUCAAACAACAAUUGAUAUAAGGACUGGAGUGUUCAGCAGCUACCACGUUGCUUUGACGAAGGAAAGCGUCAUUGAUUCUGCCACGAAAAAGUUCCAUGGGGAUUUUGUAAACGAAACUGAAGGUCUGUCCGAUGGGGCCAAACACCUACGUCAAAUCCUCAGCCAACGGGUGAAAAAAGACGAAUGGGAAAACUGGAUAUUUAAAUUGGGUAACACAUUCGGAAAAAGCCAAUUGGCUCCUGAAAUGGAAAAUCGGCUACCGUUUAAAAUCUCGGAGGAAGACAUUGACGCAUUCCUUGACAAAUUCGUGUUUGUGGUGAACAUGCCAAACGAAGAGCAAUUUGAAGCCAUUUUACAAACUCAAGAUGUGAGCAAGUACUACCCUAAGGACGAAUGCAAACAGCAAACGAUCCGUUUGCUACACGAAUUAUCUGCAAAGUUCUCCAACAAGGAAAAGGACUAUUGGCUAACUUCAGAAGAAGCCAAGAAGAUCUUGUUAGAUGGCGUUACAAACAUUUCAAGUCAGCACCAGGCAAAAUUAGAAAACGAGGUGGGCUUCAACGACGUCGCCAAGAAUGACAUGGCCAUUAAACUAAAGGAUUUCCUGGACAGUAGCGAAAUGUUUAAGCGCAUUACCACAUCAUCACCGAGAUAUACGACCGUCAAAGUCUUUUCGGCCAUUCCAAUACUGAAACAGGAAUAUACAGCACCAAUUAGCCACCUGGUGACGUCAUCUAGUCAAUUGCAAGCCAAGGAAGAUACGGAGAGAUGGAAAAAUAUAUUGAAACUACCGAUCGAUUCUGGUCAUUUUCUCCUAGUCGUUUGCGAUGAUGGCGAGAAGCCGUUACAAGACGAACAAUAUGCUAAACUAUUUUUGGGUGAAGAAGGAAAGACAAAAAGAUACAAGGUGAUUGUCAUCAGUCGCAAGAAAGCUGAAAUCACUGACCAUGUCAGCGAUGAAAUCAACUACGCGCAGCUGGAUGAAUCCUUCAAGCAAAAGAUCCUGUCGAAAAUAGUUUCAUUCCAAGGGCAAAAUGAAUUUGUUGAGCGCCUAAUUGGAACCAAACCGGAAGAGGUGUUCGAUUCCUUAGAAGAAAUGCUGCGUCCUGAAGAAGGUCAUAUCAUCAUUCCAUCGUUCGAUACGUCCCGUUUCGAGAAAUCCCUUUACAUCAAGAGACGCGUGAAAUUUGCAUUUGACAAAAACUUUUACGCUGAAUUAGCGAAUCGUUUGAAUUGCACCGUGGAAAAGGUCAGUGGGGAAUGCAGAAUCAGUACCCAAGGCCAAAUCAAAUGGUUGGUCGAUGGCGAGCGCCGUAAAGAGAUAUGGGGAAACAUCACAAAAAUGAACGACCAAACAUCCGGCAGCACUAAAGAAGACGACUAUUUAAUUAAUUUAAUUCACGUUGACGAGGAGCGGAAAGAACAGCCGGUCGUCAUCAUAUGCGGCGUGGCUGGAACAGGCAAAUCGACCCUGCUCUCCCACUACUACAGUGAAAUAGAACAGCCGGUCGUCAUCAUAUGCGGCGUGGCUGGAACAGGGAAAUCGACCCUGCUCUCCCACUACUACAGUGAAAUCAAGGAGAAGAAGUGCGACUGUUGGGUUAUCAGACUGAACUUGGUCCAACAUUGUGACGCCAUAAUGAAACUCGAUAGAACAAGGCUCGACUUAACCGAAUUUCUCAUUCAUCAUCUGCGUGUCAUCGACGGUCAAAGCCCGUUUUCUCGCUCGUUGCUGAAACGCCGGUUCGAGACGGGCGAUCGGAUCGUUUUCAUGUUUGAUGGCUUCGAUGAAAUUAGUGACGAAUGCCAAAAAAUUGCGAUUCAGCUAAUGAAGGUCAUUCAAAAGAAGAAGGGCGUUCAACUUUACGUCACUACCCGCACCCAUACGGCCCACCAUCUGCAAAACGAAUUAUGUCAGUUGGCUUAUUAUUUGGAAAACUUUAACGAAAAUGACCAGAUUUGUUACCUGGCCAGUUAUUGGACGAAAGAAUUGCAACUGCCAAAAGAUGGAGCCAUCAUGGACUUCGCCAAAGCGCUAGUGGGUCGUGUGUCGGAGACUCUGAAAGACGAAGAAAGAGCUUUCAUCGGAAUCCCUUUGCAAUGCAGAAUUCUCGCCGAGUGCUACCAUCAAAAUGUUGGCGACAUUGUGCGAAGCAACGCUUUAAAUGACGCAACACUCCAAUCUAGCGAAUCGAUAUCCCAAAAACUGUUGGCUUUACUUGACAAUCAGAAAUUCGAUUUAAUUAGUCUGUACAGCCAAUUGAUGGACACCAAACGCAAAGUCUUUCGAGAAGAAAAAACCAACACUCUCAUCUGCAAUCAGAUAUUGGCUGACGCUAUUGAGAUUUUAAUUAAGAAAAUCGAGUCUCGAUUAACGAAAUUGGCAGUGGAAACCAUCAUCACCGAACCAAAUGUCCUGGAAAUGUUUUGGCCACGAAAAUGUUCGUACAAGUCCACCGAAGAUCUUGACCGAGAAGAAAAAAUUCUGGCUGAAAAUAGUCUGAAAUUUGGCUUAACUUUUUCUAGUGCAGAUGGAAUGCGACCCGAGUUCUUGCACCGGACGUUUGCCGAGUAUUUAGUCGCGAAACAUCUUUACGAAGGAUUUCAUCUCGACGACAAACGUCACAACAAACUGCUGGAAAAUGAAUCCAUUCGAAAAUUGAUCCUGAACAAAAUCUUGGCUUCAAAGCAAUACGACGGAGUUCAAGUGUUUUUCGAUUGCAUGGUGAAACAUGUGGUCGAUGAGGAUGAAGAGUGGCGUAAUCAAAUCGUUCGUCGACAAUUACCGCAUCGACUCAAGAAAUUUUCUGAAAAUCUGUUUACUCAGUUUCUGCGCAAUUUUCCACCGCUCUGGUCACUCCACGACCAAACGAUGUUCCGCCGACUUUACUUUGCGAACGCUCUCCAUUUUUCGCUUUCGAAUGGGAAAGGCAACAUAUUCCUGUUGUUGUGCGACUGUCUUGAUGCCAUGUUCGAAAGAGAGCAAAUCCACUGGGCGAUGUUUACCUCUUUCAUACCGUCACUCCCUCCCACUUCAAUUUGUUUCAUUUCGCCCACCUGUUUUAAAGAAAACAAGCUCUUUAAACGAUUCAUCAAUUAUUUUGACAUCGAUCCAGCCAGUCCCUAUACGUACUUUGUUAUAAGCGAACUUAUAGCAGGCAUGUUCCGUAAUUAUUCUCCUGAAAUGGUAAGGUCUUUCUGGUACCGAGACGAGCACCAGCAAACGAUGAGCGACUUGCUUCAGUUUUUGGAAAACCAGCACGUGGCAGUCAACGAAUAUUUUGGACCCGACCAAGGAUUCAUGUUAAAAUCAAUUUUGGAACUUUUGAUGGGCAGUGACAACUAUUGUAGUCACCUGGAAACAUUUCUAAAGCUUAUGUCCAAAUCGACAGCUUAUUCGGACGACAUCAAGUUUGCCAAACUGCUAAUGGAAGUUUUCUGUUCUAAAGAACAUCAGAUGUCUGGCCAGAUUGCCAAAACACUGGCUGUCUUACACGGACUAGGGCAGUCUACUCUUCUCGUUCAGCUGUACGCCGGAGUUUUAGCUGUAAAGCCGGAAGCAUUUCAGACUCUUUAUCAACCGCGUCGGUUAGAACAAGAAGACGCGAUCCCGACUGACCUCGUCAAGUUCUUGGAAAGGGAUUCUUAUGGGAUGACUCGUCUUCAUCGAGCAGCGUUCUACGGAGACGUCGAAAUACUCGACCAAAUGUUAGCAAGAUUUGGCCAGCUGGAACUCGACGAUGAAGCUAAACAAGCACUACGCCAGGUGUUGCUUGAGGGUUACACUCCGUUUUACUUUGCCGCUGUUAAAAGUCACGAAAAAGUCUGUUCCAACUUGUUGGUCUUUGUGAAAGACGACGCACUGACGGACGAGUCAACUCUGUUCAAUGGAUAUAUUCACCGAUCUCUUAAUCGCGCCAUGGAAUCGGAAAAUGUAGAAAUGUUUCAACUGAUAUUGAAGGUCGUCAAGAAAGAAUUAGGACAUGCAUAUCUACUUGAUCUGUUAAUAGCAACCGGUGCGAUGACAUUUUCUUCGGCUCCUAUUUUUAAUAGCUGCUGGUCGGAAAAGGUAUUCAACGCAAUGGCGAAGAUCAUCGUCGAUCGAGAUGGCACCGUCGAUUACAAAUGUCUGAAUGACCUGAUUUUCAACGGAAACGGAUUUGCGAUAAACGCGUUGCAAUACGUGGAUGCCGAACAUCUGCAGGAAUUGUUUUCAGUAGAAGGCGCUGAUACCUUCACGAAGCGUGUGUUCCAUGCAUCAGGUACAUGCGACGGUUUCCUUCAGUUGUCAAAGUUGUUAAAGAAUUUUAACAAAACACAACUAUUGAAUUUCGUAAAAAUGAUUACACUUAAAGGUGAUACCAAAAUAGUCAAAAGUAGCUGGUCGCGCACGGUCUCUACGGCUGAUCUCAGUAAUCCAACGUAUCGUGACACGUUCAUCCAACCCAUUCUGGGCGAUUACACCGACGACGAUUUAGUUUUCACGCAAAACGAUGACAAAACCACCACCGUUCACGCCGAAGGAGAUAUUCCGAAGAACAGCUUUUGGGGAGACUUCCUACGAUCGACAAUCCGAUGUAAUAAAAAACAAGACGAAGAUUGCAUUCUCGAGUGUUUGACUUGCGUAUCGGAUAAACUCGGAGGUGAUUACGCUCAAGAACUGUUGCUCCACCAAGACGAUCGGGGCUACGUCGUCAUUCAUCUACAUCAAGAAACCGUCAAACUCAUGUUGAAACGUUUACCAGAGAACAGCCAAGAGGAAGUGAAACAAAAGUGGAAGGAAAAUGUUCCGCCCAUGACGAAGGAUUCGUUCUUCCACUCUACGGAAGGGUUCGGCGUUUACGCAAUCGCAAACCUUUACAGCGAUGUCUUACAAUUUUACUUGGAUUAUGGCAGCGAGGUGCAACUCAACGAAUGCGUCAAUAUUCUUACAUCUGUUCGUUUGAUUGACGGACAACAGCGCAGUGUAUGGAGUUACUUUUUUGAACAUUGUGAGGUAACGAAGACGAACGAAUUAUUGAAAUCUGUGUCGGAAAUUUUCGGUCGGGAGGCCGCGAAAAAAUUGCUGCUUCACGAAAUGGAUCAAUUUCCUCUCAUACUGAAAGCUCUCUCCUGGAGAGAGGACAUUAACGGGCAGCUGGAAACUUUGCCACAAGAAAUACAAAAUGAUAUUCAACAAGUUGUUGAACGAAAAUCUGCCCAGCUUAUUGAUAAAGUGUUUCAAGAUCACGAAACUUAUUUCGAAGUACCGAGAGAACCAUUUCCGAGAGACGAAUAUAAAAAACGAUUAAACAUUUUGGUAUUUGUACUCAAAUAUAGCGAUGCUCAACAACUCGAGCAAUUCGUAGAAAACAUCACGACGUUGCAGGUUUCCGUGUAUACCGAAAAGACGCUCAGCAUAUGGGCUGUGAUUCUAUUCCGCCCGUCUUACGGAACCACGACGAACAACGUUGCGACCAUGAACAUGUUUUUGAAAUGCGUUUCGCAGAGACUGGGCACAAAUGCCGUCAAAGAAUUAGUGCUCCACAAAAUCGAUGACAAGCCCGUCAUAUAUUAUCCUGCGGUUAGAGGAGAGGAGAGGAUGGUGGAGGCGAUGCUCGCCCAUUUGGAUGCCAAAAAUCGCAAAAAGAUUCAACGUCAAGUCAACGAGUUUUUAGACACAACUUUCGAGGUCCCCUCUGGUGGCGCUGAAUUACUGCCAUGAUGAAUCGUUUAAGUUUUGAAUCCAUUUCCAUGUAAUUGUAUUCUGACAAUCCAUCUGAUCGUGAAGCGUCAAUACAAGUAGCUUUGCCCUUGA